CUCUCCUUUAACGCUUCAAGAAUUUUCGAUAAGGUUGAGAGUGUUCUUAAUUGAUUAAUAAUCAAGAAAUUUCCUCUUGGUUGUCAUUUUGCUUAAAUAUUUACCUUCAGAAUAAUGUUAUAUUCAUUAACCUCUAUUCUUGUUUUUCUGUAUUUCACCCCUGAUUUCGGAACGGGAAAUUCUGUGUUUCAUAAAUUUGAAAAAUUUGAAAAUUCACAAUUGGAUCCCAGUUUAAGUUAUAAAUCAGUAGAAUGGAAUGCAGAUUUUGAUUAUGUUCCAAGUCUUUAUGUUUGUCUUACUGUAUGUGAUAAAGAGGAAGGAUGCAGAGCUGUUGAUUAUGAUACUUCGAAUAAGAAAUGUAACUUAAAAAGAGCAUUUUAUGGUAUAGUCUCAAGUGGUCCGCAGAAACAAGUCUAUGCUAAAGUUCAUAAAGUCACCGAAUUUAAACUUUAUGAGAAUUCUGAAGAAGCUCCAGAUUUCCCUCUAGAAUCUUUAAUCUUUAAUUCUACCUUCCUAAACGGAACAACACUAGAAUACUGUCAGCAAAUGUGUAAUAUUGAUACAUUAUGCAAAGCAAUUUCGUUUUACUCUAGUACAAAUAUAUGUUAUUUUAAGAGUAAUUUUAUGGGAAAAGUGGAGAGUCCAGGUUGCAGUUUAUACGUGAAAAAAGAAAUUUCAUAUCAAUAUAGAUUGUUUGAAGAUUCAAUUCCAAUUCCCAGUCUACCGUUCACAUCUAUAAAGUGGGCGUCAUCUUCGCGAAAAGUUGAAAAUGUUGAAAGUUGUCUUCUUCAAUGCAACGAAGAUAUUAUUUGCAAAGCAAUUGAGUUUAAUGUUGAAAGUAUGGUUUGUAAUUUAAAAAGUGGCUUUUUUGGCAAAAACUUUUCUUCCGGCCAUAAUACGUACGUUAAACUAGAAAAAGAUUUAAAAUAUAACCUUUACGAUAAUUCUAUUGUUAAAGAUGAUAUACCUUUUACACCUUCAGUAUGGCAAUUGUCAAACCAAAAAGUUCCAGACAUAAGCAUAUGUCUGGAUAUUUGUAAUAGAUACGGAGAGUGCAAGUUUGAAAAAUUCAAUUUUCGAAUAGUCUAUUGAAUACUAUUUAUAAAACAAUUUCCUUCAGAGCAAUUGUAUAUGACAGCGAAACAUUACUGUGUUCCUUAAAAAGUGCCUAUUCUGGAAAAAAGUAUAAAGCUGGACAUAGAUUGAUAGUAAAAGCACAAAAGAGUAAACAUAAAUAUAUUAACCGUAUCACAAUUAAAUUCUUUCAAAUUAACAGUACAGAAUUUUCAAUUUAUUGAAAAUUCAGCUAUGGUUCCUAACAAUCCAUAUGGUUCUUUUAUUUGGGGACAACAUUUUAAGAAUGUUACUAAUGUUGAAGAAUGUCUUGAAGUAUGUUCAACCGAGGUUUUAUGCAGAGCAUUUGAAUUUCGAAAGGCCGAGAAAAUCUGCUUUUUAAAGAAGAUAUAUGCUGGAAAAACGAAUAGUAUGGCAUUCGAUAUAUAUUUUAAGUUUGAAGCUGAUGAAAAUCGAUGUGAUUAAUUAUUAUUGACAUAAAUUUAAUACAAGCCAUAGUAUACCUUGGAAAUGAUUAUUCAACAAAAAAUCUGUGAAAUUUGUCUAUACACACAAUGUAAAACGCUUUCACAACACUGAAUAUUUAUCUAGACAGUAAAAGCUUAAAUAGAGUUAAAUUAAAGGAAGUAGAAAUUCUUUAAAGCACCCACUGUCCCCUACUGUCAAAUGUGUGAAUACAGAGUAUUUGGAAGAAAAUUCACAAUGAAAUGCUCAAUCUGCUUUCAUCAAUUCAAUUAUCAUAAAAAUUGCAUUUCAAGGAAUAUUAACCUUUAUUAUUAUAUCAUUCAUAUUUAUUUCUAUAAAGUAGUCCGCAUAAAAAUUGGAACACCAUAAAUUUUGAUAGGCCGAACAUUAUUCUAUUUUUUUCUGUCUUAAAUAUUAGAUUAAACAUAGGAAAAGAGUAAAAAUGUUUGGCAAUGAAGAC